GUCCAUAAAACGCUUUGUAUGCAUAAAAACGGUGAGCAUAGUUGGCCUCAAUUACUACACUGAUGCAGCUGCUAAUUCGAGCAAUGUGAUUAGUCGAGCCCACUAUCACCUAUGGAAAAAUGGGACAGGAAGGGAAGAUUUGAGUUUGACAAUGGAAGGAAGAAUGUCGAAAGGCAAAGAUAUGGACUCACAUGAACUCAAUCUAAACAAGAUAAUGAAUACACAUUUUACGUACAAAGUCACUGCAAUGCUUCUAGAGUCACGAAGUUUGCGGUAG